AUGCAAAUCUUUGUCAAGACCCUUACUGGCAAGACUAUCACCCUCGAGGUGGAGUCCUCUGACACCAUUGACAACGUCAAGUCCAAGAUCCAGGACAAGGAGGGAAUCCCCCCGGACCAGCAGCGACUUAUCUUCGCCGGUAAGCAGCUCGAGGACGGCCGAACUCUUUCCGACUACAACAUCCAGAAGGAGUCCACUCUCCAUCUCGUUCUGCGACUCCGAGGAGGUAUCAUCGAGCCCUCUCUCAAGGCUCUUGCCUCCAAGUACAACUGUGAGAAGGCCAUCUGCCGAAAGUGCUACGCCCGACUUCCUCCUCGAGCCACCAACUGCCGAAAGAAGAAGUGCGGACACACCAACCAGCUCCGACCCAAGAAGAAGCUCAAGUAA